ACGCCCAGGGGAAGGAACCCGCUCAGUGGGAGACGAAGACGAAAAAGCCUGCCUUCCUUACUGGCUAGUAAGGGCGCCGAGAUUUUCAUAGUUCUACUCUCCACAAUAAUUUGAUAAUGGAGAAGAUGGAUUUUAACUCCAGAUCGAUAGAGUGCUAUGGUACCUCUUCACUACAAUACCAAAAAUGAAAAGAAAUGCCAAGAAUUAAAGCUUUUCUCUUCUGACUUGGAUAUUUAUAAUGGGUAUCGGGAAAUCUAAAAUAGAUCCCUGCCCUCUUUCUCUCUCUUUGGUUAAGAGUCACAGUAUGAAUACAAGUCAAAGACAUCAUCAGUCAGAGUCCAAGAACCCUAAAAUCUCCCUGCAUGAUGUUGCUGGGCAUAGCAGUACAACAGAGAUGCCAACAGUAGAGCAGCAGGGAGCUGAGGGAGUAGAGGAGAUUCCUGACGAGGAAGCAGAAGAAGAAGUGUUCUUCAAAUUUGUGAUAUUGCAUGCAGAAGAUGACAUAAGCGAAGCUCUCAGAGUCCAGGAUCUCCUCCAAAAUGACUUUGGCAUCAAACCUGGAAUAAUUUUUGCUGAGAUGCCAAGUGGCAGACAGCAUUUACAGAAUUUAGAUGAUGCUGUAAAUGGGUCUGCAUGGACAAUCUUAUUGUUGACUGAAAACUUUUUAAGAGAUACCUGGUGUAGGUUCCAGUUCUAUUCGUCCCUCAUGAACUCUGUUAACAGACAGCACAAAUACAACUCUGUUAUACCCAUGCGGCCUCUGAACAAUCCCCUGCCCCGGGAACGGACUCCAUUCGCUCUCCGAACCAUCAAUGCCCUGGAGGAAGAAAGUCGUGGCUUUCCUACACAAAUAGAAAGGAUUUUUCGGGAGUCUGUGUAUAAGUCACAACAAACUAUAUGGAAAGAGACAAGGAAAGUGGUACAAAUGCAAUUUAUUGCCUGAGAUGGAACACAGAACACAUGGCUGGCUCUUAUCCUGCAAAACAAAUGAUUGAUCUUCACUUGAGAAAGCAGUUUUCAGGAAAAGUUUAAAUGGUAAAGAUCCUCCUCUUAUAGGAACCUAUGGAGCGCAAGGAAGAUAAACUUCUGCCAGAUAAAGAAUUGUGGUACUUUUUGAUAUUUCAGUAAACUCGAGAAUGUCAGAGUUUCAAGAACUUUGGUGUCACAGUUUUCCUAGUUCAUGAAUAUGACAAAGGAUAUUCUCAAUUCAUGGUCCUUGCGUUGUACCUUGAACAAAAACUUACGAUAGACAUUUUAAAAAUACAACACUUUUUGCCCUGGCCAGGUAACUCGGCUGGAGUAUCAUCCCAUACAUCAAAAGGUUGUGGGUUUAAUCUCUGGUUCAGGGUAUAUAUGUAGGUUGUGGGUUUGAUUCCUAGUUGGGACAUAUACAUGAGGCAACUGAUAGAUGUUACAGCAAUGUUUCCCUCUCUCUUCCACUUCAUCUCUCUCUUCCCCCCACCCCGCCAAAAAAAUCAAUAAACAUAUCCUCCAGGUGAGGGUUUGUAUAUAUGACACUUUCACUGAAUUUUGUGCUCAAAAGACACAUGUAAGAAUGGCCCAGAGAGAUCUGAUCGCCCUGCCUCUUGAGACACGUCUCAUGAAUGUUGUGAUAAAGCAUCCCCCAUAUUGUCACCCAGAGAUCUGGUUAGCCAGAAUGGAACAUAUGGAAUGUUGAGUGCUGAUGAAUGUGAAAUCAGAAAUAGAUGUGAGAAUGCUGGAACUUUUAAAAAGAAUGCAGUCAAAUGUAUUUUUCUUUCUGCUGGA